UUCAAAAGUACUUUAACGUUACUUCAUACUUCAUACUUCAUUCUUUAGUCUUCAAGGAUCGAUAAUCCGCCGCAUCGCAUUGCGCGCAGUCACAAACCACUUCAACUUCAGCCCUUGAUGGCUGCUCUGGACACGCCUUGGCUGACACACAUGUCGACCCCGAAACAUACUUCCCGUGGCGACGUCGACGGCUCCUCUACCCCUUCCGACCCUCCUCCUACCUACGCCCCUCCCACCUAUGCUUCCUUUUCUACAGCGAACCUAUCGACCGCUACCUCCGCUGCGAAGCGGAGAUCGACUAUUCUAGUCCACCAGAAGUCGCCACUGUUGCUCGCUACGCCGCCCCAGAUUACCCGUGCUCUCGCAUACAGUCACCCCUUCCUUUUGCCUCUGAAUAAGCUUGUAGGCCUAUUGACCUGGACUACUGGCGAUCCGUGGGAGAGUUUUAUACUACUUGCCAUCUUCUGGUCAGCCGUUCAGUAUGGCGACGUCAUUGUGCGAUUUGCCGGCCCUAUCGUUGUGGUCAUGGGCCUCGUAGGGGGUAUGUACGGGCGACGAUAUAGUCCAUUAUCAAGCAGUGGCUGGGCUGAACAUCCGAGCAUGGCGAAUAAUAAAGAAAAGGCAUCGAGCGCAUCCGUCGGAGGAGGCGCAGGCGGCUCGCACCAGCGAAAUUCGAGCGAACUUACUAGUACGAGGCAUCAAAAAACCUUGGAUGAGAUCGUCGACACUGUCAAGGUCUUUACGACCAGGUGUAAUAUUCUACUCGAACCUCUUCUCGAAAUGACCGAUUUCCUAUCUACCCAACGGACCGCUACCAGCGCUACUACGAGACCAGCACUCACUACAUUAUUUGUUCGAAUACUGGCUAUUACGCCCGCUUGGGUAGUCCUAACGCUCCCGCCGCUAAGAAUUUUAACAACGAAGAGGGUAGUGUUGGUGUUCGGGACCUUAGUGCUUACAUGGCACUCGAAGAUCUGCCGAGUAUCCAGAACGCUGCUUUGGCGAAGUGCUACUAUACGCAGGCUUGCGAGAUUGGUCACGGGAUUGCAAUUUGAAGAGCCAGCUAAGACAAAGCCUAAAGGUGCCGAUGGGAAUGGGACUCUCACAACCACUAAGGUGAAGCAGCCACGCGAAGUUACAAAGAUAUCAAAAUCUGCUCUGACAGAGGCUUUAAAACGGAGCAGUCGCUCCGGAGCUAAGGACUCAGGCGUACGCUUCACUUUUAUCAUUUACGAAAACCAGAGACGCUGGCUAGGGUUAGGCUGGACCAACAAUUUAUUUGCUUACGAACGAGCGGCUUGGACGGACGAGCACAAUAACCAAGUCCCGCCUAGAGACGAGUUUGAGCUGCCAGAGGUAGAAGACGGGCAUGCAAAGUGGAGAUGGGUCGAGGGAAGCAAAUGGCGAGUCGAUGGUGUGCUCGAUAUGGACGAGACAGAUUACGAUGCAGAUGCCGGCAAAAAUGGAUGGAUCUUCUACGAUAACAAGUGGCAGAACGGUCGAAGAGGUAACGAUGGUUGGGGUCGUUGGACACGUCGACGAAAAUGGUAUCGCGACGCCGAACUUGUUGAGGUUUCGGAGGUUUCGGGCGAGACGGCUUCUUCCCCGCCACCCGAAUUGCCGACUCGGCCGCCCCCUGUUUCGGUGCAUAGCUCGGAGAGAAUGGACACCGCGUCUACCCUCUCGACUUCCAUUCCAGACACGUCUUCAAAUCAAGGGUCUGCUAAAGGUAGAUUAAAGGAGGAAGACGAUGCGGUUUCCGUCCUUAGCACAUCAUCAAAAUCUGCUAGGUUCAGAUUGUCCAGCCCUCAACUACGUCGACGAAAUACAGGCGGCACGCAUAGAUCUAGGCGCACAAGCGAGACCGCUAGUUUACGUUCUAACGACGACGAAGGUAGUUUGACUCCAGCCUUAGAGCUGGAGAUCCAGGGACAUCAGAGAGACCAAGGUCAAUGGGGCAUUGGAGACGAGGCUCAAAUGGGACUAGAGUGAGAAAUAUUUGUCAUGAUUCGAUCACUAUUUGUAUUAUGGUCACGACGGUUAUUAGUGGGUAGCAUUCGGAGGGCGUUUUGGUAGAUACCAGAGGCAUUGGGGGGUUUAUUUUAUUUUCUGUUAUUGGUUCGCUGAUCCUCGGAAUAGCUUAGGUCUGGAGGGUGAUGAUCCAGCUACCAGAACGAUGUGUGCU